AUGUUCGUGGCCGUCAAGGACUGCGUGGCUCUUUUCGUCUACUCCUUCACGUUCGUGCUUGGCCUUCCCGCUAAUAUUUUGGUUUUGUUUGUGUAUGUCCGCAAAGCUCGCAAACGUGGCGCCACGCCAAAUGUGGUCUAUGCGCUAAAUCUCUGCCUGGCUAACCUGGCACUGGUGGCCUGGUUGCCUGUCAAGGCUUUGGAAACUUUGCUUCAGGACUGGAGACUCCCAGCGCCAGUUUGCCCGGUUUAUAGCUUCUUCCUGUUCUCUUCGCUCUACGGGAGUUGCUUGUUCAUCACCGCCGUGACGACGGGACGCUACCUGAGUAUUGCUUUCCCGCUCGUCUAUAAACGAUACCGCCGCGCUCGGAUUUCAUGCUUCGUUAGCGCGGCGCUCUGGGCGGUCGUCCUGCUUCACCUCGGCAUCGGUUUGGUAGCGGAAGGUGGUGCCAACUUCGUAUCGGCGGAGGACGACGCCCUUGUGUGCUACGAACAUUUCAACGCCUCCCAGCUAGCCGUGCUGCUGCCACUGCGCCUGGAAAUGGCCCUCGUCCUCUUCCUUCUGCCGCUAGCGGUGUCGUCUUUCUGCACGCUACGCUGCGUCACGCUAGUCUGGCGCUCUAACCUCCGCCCGGCGGGCAAGCGGCGAGUCCUAGCGGUGGCGCUGUCCACAUUAGCGGUGUUCAUAGUUUGCUACGCUCCUUACAACGCCUCACACGUGGUGGGUUUCGUGACUGGGAAGAACAUGGAGUGGAGAGCCUAUGCCAUGCUGACCAGCUCCUGUAAUGUUUUCCUGGAGCCCGUCGUCAUGUUGAUGCUGUCGCCGGCCGUGUCCAGAGGACUCAUAGGAAGAAUUUGCUCGGGGCAAAGCAGAUUCAGUCGCACUGAUGGCUUUCGGCAUCGUUGCGUCACUCCUAACACUGGAGCUAACAACGGGUCGCCGGCUACCAUCACAGAAAGGAGCCAAGGUGGGGCGGAAGUGCCAAAACUGAGUCGGGAAAGACGCGACUAUGGCGCUUUUUCACGAUAG